AUGUGGCGCCAGCGCCACCCGCGGAGGGUGGACUCGCCGCCACGUGGCAAUCCCGAUGGGGACGUCAAGGACCACCUGCGCGCCACGUCACCUGCGGGCGAAUCGCAAGCGGCAGCCGCGGGAGUUUACAAACGCCCAGCCUUCUUCUUGCCUCGUAUGGCGGUCGCGCUCGUUGUAGUCGUCCUCGUUUGCGUCGCACUGAGCGCCCAUUCCGCGUUCUUGUGGCCAUUCAUCCAGCACAUCUGUCACCGCCUCUCCGCGCCACCAGGUCCGCACAGAUCAGCUCUCGCCGCCGCGAUGGACGGCGGAGAUGGAUUUGGCCACCAAUCGCCCGCCGCAGAUGCUCUCGAUUCGAGUCCAUUCGCCAUGCACGCUGACAGCAGCAGCGGCAGCACCACCGACCGGCACGACCGACGAAGCCGCUGGAGCAGCCGCGACGCGGAGGAUCGCUCCGCGCGCGACGCGUCUCGCAUGCACGUGCGGCUCAUCGUGCUCACGUUCGACCGCACGGCGAGCCUGUCCCGCUGCUUGCAAUCAUUGCGGGCGGCGGACUACGGCGGCGAUGACGUGUCACUGGACAUUCACGUGGACCACCCGUUCGCGGGCGUGCAGCUGAACGACCCGCUACAGCUCACAGACCGCUUGGACCGCCGCGCGUGGGGCGCAGGCGAGCAGGCGGACGACCCGGUGCAGGCUGAAUCCGCGGUGGAGAGGGGUCUGGGGGGAGGCGGAGCGCGGAACCGAGGGCUCGAGGCGAGUCCGCAGCUGCCUGGCGGCGCGAAGCGCGGAUUCGCGGGUGUCGGCGCGGUGGGGCUGGGGCGCAGCGCCUUUGGCGUGGAGGAGGCGGGGGACCUGUCCAACUGGCGCCACCGGGGGCGACUGUGGGCGCAGAGGGCGCGGGGGCAGGCGCAGGGGCGGCGGCGGCUGGGGGAGGUGCGGUCUGUGGUUGGAGCGGUGCAGAGGCGUGGCGCGGGGGAGGUGGCAUCUAAGCGGCGCAAGUUCCGAUCCGUGCUGGCAGUGGCGGACUCGUUUGCAUGGCAGCACGGCCGCAAGCAGGUGCACGUGCGCAGCAUGAACGGCGGCGUGCAGGCACAGUGGAUGGAGGCGUGGUGGCCCAGCGACAGCAACGAGUUUGCGUUCGUGUUGGAGGACGACGUGGCCGUGUCGUCGCUCUUCUACUCCUACCUCAAGCGCAUGCUGCACCGCUACUACUACAACAAUACCGAGUAUGACUCUAACGUGUACGGCAUCUCCCUGCAGCGCCAGCGCCUCGUGCCCGGCCAGCCGGCCCCGGCCAUAGCGCAUACGGGGCGACCGUUCCUGUAUGCGCUGGUGGGCACAUGGGGGCAGCUGCUCCUGCCGGCGCCGUGGCGGGCGUUCCGCGUGUGGUACGACGCGCGGCGGUACACGCCGGGGAGGGAGCCGGUCAUCCGAGGGCUCAAGACCACGGGCUUCUGGAAGGGACGGCCUUGCUUGCACUGCACUACCUUUUGUGGGCCUGCCUUGCCACUCCCCCUCCCCUCUCCCCCUCCCCUCUCCCACUCCCCUCUCCCCCUCCCCUCUCCCCCUCCCCCUCCCCUCUCCCCCUCCCCUCUCCCCCUCCCCCUCCCCUCUCCCCCUCCCCUCUCCCCCUCCCCGCGGGCCCCUCCUUGCUCACAUCUGCACCAUGCGCUCGCCCCUGUACUGGCUGUGGCUGUGACACGCCUCGUCUCCCCUCCUCCUCCUCCCCCCCCACGGCAGGGCAACGGCAUCUGGACGCCGUGGAUCGUCAAAUGGGCGCACGCCACGGCCGCGCUCAACCUCUACGCGUCGCUGCCUGCAGGGCUGGCGCUGAGUGUGAGCCACCGCGAGCGGGGGGAGAGCUUCAAGCAGUCUAAAGGCGCUGAUGCCACCCUGCUCAUGCCGCAGCACCUCACUGCUUCAGCAAAUAUCGGUGCAGUGGAGCCGGUGAAUGCAGCAGAACACCUGAAUGCAACAGAGCACAUGAUGGAGCACCUGAGCGCAGCAGAGCAGGUGGGAGCAGCGGAGCAGGUGGGAGCAGCGGAGCAGGUGGGAGCAGCGGAGCAGGUGGGAGCAGCGGAGCAGGGCCCGUGGUGGUGGGCACAGCUGCCCCCAUUAGCAUCACUGCCUCGCUUUGACUUCUGCCUGCGCCCGCUGCCCUGGGUGGGGCGAGGGGGUACCGCGUGGGCGUGGCAGGGGGGGAGCAGAGGGGAGCAGGGGGGGAGGCAGGGCGCUGGAGAGCACGGGGGUGAAGGGCAGCGCGGUGGGGGGGGAAGGGAGGCGGAGGCAGCCGGUGAUGACGACGCGGCUUUAGGGGGAGCAGAGGAGGGUGGUGCAGGAGUUGAUGAUGCGUCAGAAGGAGGCGAUGCUGAGUCAGCAGGUGCAGCGGGAGUGGCGGAUGCCACGUAUGCAUCCAUGGUGACGCGCGAUGAGGAGCUGUUGCGAGCGGUGCAGAGUGCGAGAGGGGUGACCUCCUUCACACUGCUCCUCCUGCCCGACCACCAGCCGUCCGCUGCAUCCCACCACCACCACCACCACCACCAUGCCCACGCACACUCCUGGGCGUCCGCCCUGCUGCGCGCCACAGACACCCCCGCCCCGCCCGCAUGGCAGCAGCUGGCGCGCAACUGGGCGUGCCACAUGGACGGGCUGGGCCUCUCCCACUAUGCCGUGCUCACCUCCUGCCCCGCCCUCGCCCUGCACCUCGCCACGCGCGGCCACCUCGUCUCUCUCCUCCCCUCCUCGCCCUCCCCGUCUUCCUCCGACCCCCCCUCUCCCCCUCCGGCCCCCAUCAUCCCAUCCCCUGCACACGUCCGCACGGCCGUGCUGCUGUCAGCCCGUCUGCGCGUGCCGGUGCUGCUGGCCUCCCCCGCCGUCACGUGGCGCGGCGACCCCUUCCUCUGCCUCGCGCCCCGCCUGCUGCACCCGCCCCACAGCCAUGGGCAGCAGGGGGAGCAGCAGGGGCAGUGGCAGUGGGGUGGGUCUAGCCCGCAUGAGCAGGGGGCGACGGGCGAAGAGCAGGCCACGGGCCAGCAGCAAGAGACAGAGGGACAGGCGUGGCAGCGGGCGGGUGUGGCUGUGGGGGUGGGCGACUCGCCUCUGUCAGACGUCUUCCUGCUGCCGCCCUCCCCCGCUGCCCACUCAGCCCUGCACUCCCUGCUCGCCCACCUGCUCUGGGACACCCCCACCAACAGCAGUGACAGUGGAUUCAGCGCAGGCGAGAGCAGUGGGCAGGAGGAAUCAAGGUCAUGGGAGGCGCUGCGAGCAGCAUGGCUGGACCAAGGCAGCAGUGCCGCCCGGUGGGCUGCACUGGAGGAAGCAACGAGGAAGCUUCGUGUGGGUGUGACUGUAUGGAGGGUGGGGCUGCCGUGCUACAUGGCGCCCUCGGAGGUGAACUCCUCGUUUGAGUCACAGGGGGUGCAGCAGGGGGCGUGGAUGGUGGCAGGAGGGAAGGGGUUAACGGCAGAGGAGGCGGUGGUGGGGAUGAAGGGGGCGGGGUUGUGGGAGCUAGAUUCGGUGGAUUAUGUGUGUAAGAGUGUAGUGUGCCUCCGGUCAAAUAAUCUUGUACCAGCUUAA